CUUAGCAGCUGAUUAUGUUAUCAACAACAAACGAUUUCCGUCUGAUUUCAUGUUUGGGGUGGCAACUUCCGCUUAUCAAAUAGAAGGUGGUUGGAAUGAAGAUGGAAGAACACCAAGUAACUGGGACCAUAUGACGCACACCAGGCCUGAGUUUGUCAAAGACCGUAGCAAUGGUGAUAUCGCUUGCGACUCCUACCACAAGUUCAAAGAAGACGUAGCCAUCAUGAAGAAGAUGGGUGUGAAACAUUAUCGAUUUUCUCUGUCCUGGAACAGAAUUCUACCAACAGGUUUCCCAGACAAAAUCAACGAACCCGGUAUAGCCUACUACAAGAACCUGAUCAAGGAACUCAAGACCAACAACAUCGUUCCUCUGGUAACCAUUCAUCACUGGGACUUGCCUCAAAGUCUGCAAAACCUAGGUGGCUUCCUUAACGCUUCAAUCGUUGACUGGGUAGCGGAUUAUGCGAGAGUGUGCUACAAAGCCUUCGGAGAUGACGUCAAGUACUGGUUAACCUUCAACGAAGCCAAACAGAUUUGUAUGGGUGGGUUUGGUUUUGGAUAUUAUCCGCCAGCUAUUCACUCAGAGGGUAUUUUGGAGUACGUUUGUGCCCACAACUUGCUGAAGGCACAUGCCAAAGCUUGGCAUAUCUAUGAUAAGGAGUUCAGAGCGAAACAGAACGGUAAGGUUUCUGUGGUACUCGAUUCCAGUGCCUAUAUACCCGCUUCAAACAAGCCUGAGGAUAAAGUUGCCACUGACACAGUCCUGCACUUCGAGUUGGGUUGGUUUGCCAAUCCCAUCUACAAUGGAGAUUAUCCGGAAAUAAUGAAAACCCGUGUAGCAGAACGCAGUAAGAGAGAAGGUCGACCCAAGUCACGUCUACCAGAAUUCACUGAAGAAGAGAAAGCUUUCAUUAAGGGGACCCACGAUUACUUUGCAAUGAAUACUUACACUUCUUACUUGGUGGAGAGCAUACCGGAUCCAGGGAUCCAGGACCCACCCACUAGGUGGAGUGAUAUCGGAGUAAACAACUUCCAGCCGGACACUUGGGAAAAUACCACGAUGGAACAAGAUUGGUUCAAGAUAGCGCCGUGGGGCAUGAGAACAUUACUUAAGUGGAUCAAAUAUCACUACUCUAAUCCUGAGAUUAUAGUUACUGAAAACGGAGUUUGUGAUUAUGGAGAUAUGGAGGAUGACAAGAGAAUUUCUUAUAUCAGGGAUAAUUUGAGUUACCUGCGGGAUGCGAUGAUAGAAGAUGGCGUAAGAGUUUUUGGAUACACAGUCUGGAGUAUCAUCGAUAAUUUUGAAUGGCAGCAUGGAUAUACUCAAAAAUAUGGACUCUACCAAGUCGACUUCGAUGACCCGAAAAGGACGAGGAAGCCUAAAAAAUCAGCAGAUUUCUACAAGAAGGUUUGCACAACAAGGUGUAUUACUGAUAAAUGUGUUGACUAAGGUAUUUUUUCUGUGUAGUUAACUUUUGAGAAAUAAAAUAUUUGAGUAUUGUUCAUGAGUAA